AUGCUCAAAACAAUCCUUCAGCCAAUCCAUUCGGUGCAUCUACCAUCCCCAGGCUCCUUCCAAGGCCAAACGGUCCUGGUAACGGGCUCGAAUACUGGAAUCGGAUUGGAAACAACUCGCCAUGCGGUCUCUCUUGGAGCAUCAAAGAUCAUCAUGGGAGUCCGAACAGUUGAGAAGGGCGAAAAGGCUCGUGAGGACAUACUGUCUAAGUUACCCGAAGGCAAAUCCGCGAAGACAUCCAUCGAAGUCUGGCAGCUCGAUAUGUCAAGCUUUCAAAGUGUGAUGACCUUUGUGCAGAGAAUGAAGGAUUACAUAACUCUCCCGGGCAACAGACUUGAUACCGCCAUCUUGAAUGCAGGCCUUGCCUCUGGAGUUUGGCAACUAUCCCCGGACGGCUGGGAGAUACAAAUUCAGGUGAACGGGCUCUCCACAGCUCUGCUCAGUCUCGAAUUGCUUCCAAUUUUGAUUUCCUCCGCUUCCUCUUCACCAUCAAGACCGCACCUCGUCAUCGUGUCAAGUGAUAUGCACCAACAAGCCUUACUACCAGAACGUUCCGCCCCGAACAUUCUAGAUGUCUUAAAUGACAAGGAAAACUGGCAGAAGAUGCAUGCAAAAAGUCCCGUGGAAAGAUAUGCCGUGAGCAAGAUGUUUAAUCAGUGGACGAAUAUUGAGGUAGCAAAAUUGGUACCUCUUGACCACGCAGCUCAAGAAAAAGUUAUAGUCACCAGUGCGACUCCCGGAUUCUGUAAAAGUGAGCUGUUGUCGCGCGAAGAAGGGGCACCGUGGUUGCUGAAAGUCGUGCAAGCAGCUUGUGCGCGGACCGCAGCGGAUGGUGCCAAGGCAAUUGUCGAUGCCGCAGUCAGGCAGGAUGGACAUGGAAAAUGGUUAGAGAACCAGAAGUUGACUGACCCAGGUCAUAUUGUGAGCUCACUGGAGGGACGGAAGAUACAGAAAAAAGCGUGGAAAGAAAUACUGGAUGUGCUAAGGAAAGUCGAUCCAGACUUGAGGUUGGAUUUUUCUUGA